GAAUUAAUCUGGGAAUUCCGGGAAACGGGGACCGCCAAAUCCGUCACCUGCACCUACUCCCCAGUGCUGAACAAGCUGUACUGCCGCCUGGCCAAGCCGUGCCCGGUGCAGGUCAGGGUGGGGGUCCCGCCGCCCCCCGGGGCUCUGCUCCGCGCCGUCGCCGUCUACAAGAAAUCCGAGCACGUGGCCGAGGUGGUGAGGAGGUGCCCCCACCACGAGCGCUGCGGGGGAGGAGGUGACGCCCCCGCCCAGCACCUGAUCCGGGUGGAGGGGAACCCCCAGGCUCGGUACCAGGACGACGAAACCACCAAGAGACACAGCGUGGCCGUGCCCUACUCACCCCCCGAGGUGGGCUCCGAGUGCACCACGGUUCUCUACAACUUCAUGUGCAACAGCUCCUGCAUGGGGGGCAUGAACCGCCGGCCCAUCCUCACCAUCCUCACCCUCGAGGGGCCGGGGGGACAGACUCUCGGCCGCCGCUGUUUCGAGGUUCGUGUCUGCGCCUGCCCCGGCCGCGAUCGGCGCCUGGAGGAGGAGAACCAGCGCAAAAGGGGCGGGGCCAAGCGAGCCCUGCCCCCCCCGGCUGAAGCCCCCGAGAGCUCCAAGAAGAGGGUCCUGGACCCCGACCCCGAGAUCUUCACCCUGCAGGUGAGGGGCCGGAAACGCUUCGAGAUGCUCCGGACCAUCAACGAGGCCCUGGAGGCCGCCGAGGCCGCGGGGACGGCGCCGCGAACGACCAGGGGGCGGCGCCCGCGGGGGGAGGGGCCAGUGCCCCGUGGGAAGAAGCUGCUGCUCAAACCGGAGUCGGGGGACUCGGAUUGACCCCGCCCCCUCCCCGCAGACCACGCCCCCUCCCCCGGAGGCCACGCCCCCUCCCCUGCAGGCCACGCCCCCUUUCCCACCACACCCCCAAUCCCCGUUUCCCAUUGGCCCAUCCCGUGUAGCCCCGCCCCUUUUGCUUUUAGCCACGCCCACCUGUCAAUCACAACUUUGACCACGCCCCCUUUAAACAUGGAGCUUUAGCCACGCCCACCUGUCAAUCACAGCGUUGGCCACGCCCCCUUUAACCACUGGGCUUUAGCCACGCCCACCUGUCAAUCAUUGCUUUGACCACGCCCCCUUAACCGCUGAGCUUUGGCCACGCCCACCUGUCAAUCACCAGUUUUGGCCACGCCCCCUUUAACCACUGGGUUUUAGCCACGCCCACCUGUCAAUCACAGCUUUGGCCACGCCCACCUGUCAAUCACAGUUUUGGCCACGCCCCCUUUAACCCCUUAGCUUUAGCCACGCCCACUUUAAUCCCCUGCCCUUCAUUUUAGCCACGCCCACUUUAAUGAGAUGCAUCCUUUAAGCCACGCCCACAUCCUGCAUGAUGACGUCAUCCCCGGCCACGCCCCCCUCCCUCUCCCCCGCGGAUUUUUAAUGUUUUUAUACAAUAAAGGAAUUUUUUAUAUCG